AUGAAGUUCUCCGUCCUUGCCGCCGCCGCCCUCUCUCAGGUCGCCUCUGCUCAUUACUUCUUUGACAAAACCUUUGUCAAUGGCGAGCAAAUUGGCGAGCCCCUCGAGUACAUCCGCAAGAACACCCGCUCCAUCUCGUACAUGCCGACCAAAUGGAAGAACUCCUUCGACAACCUGACCCCUGAUGACCCCGACUUCCGCUGCAACUUGGGCGCUUUCAAGAGCGCUAAGAACACCAAAGUCCUUGAGGUCAAAGCUGGCACCAAGGUGGCUAUGGGUCUCGGCGUUCAAGCUACUAUGAAGCAUCCUGGUCCGUGUUUUGCCCACAUGUCCAAGGCUCCUGGCAGUGUACAAGACUACGAGGGCGAUGGUGAGUGGUUCAAGAUCCACGAGGAGGGCAUCUGCGACAAGAGCAAGGACAUCAAGGGCCCCGCCUGGUGCACCUGGGACAAGGACAGGGUUGAGUUCACUAUCCCGGCCGGCACACCUGACGGCGAGUACCUGAUCCGUUCGGAGCACGUUGGUCUCCACGGUGCCCACGAUGGUCAGGCUGAGUUCUACUACGGAUGUCUGCAAGUCAAGGUUACCGGUGGUGGUAGCGGCACCCCUGGUCCCACCUACAAGUUCCCCGGCGCAUACAAGAAGGAUGACCCGGAAUUCAACUUCAGCGUCUGGGGCGGAAUGAAGGACUACACUUUCCCCGGUCCCCGCCCCUGGACUGGCGGCAACAAUGGCAAUGACGGCAACUCCACCUCCCCUGCUGAGGAGGCUACCAACCCGACUUCGUCUUCUGUUGCCGAGCCCGAGCCCGCCGCACCUGCUGCCACUGCCACUGCCUCUCCUUCCCCUAUUUCCAACGACCCUACCCAGCUUCCUCCUGUGCACAACAGCGAGAACUGCAAAGGUGGAAAGAACAAGCGCGGUCGCCGUGCUUUCCGCAACGCUAUCCUCAAGGCGUAG